CUUGUCCAUGAUACGAGGCAAGAUUUUUUUUACGGUGUGUUAUGUGCUUUUGUUAUUUCUCUAGCAGUUAUAAAUGACUCAAAUUAGGGAAUGUCUUUAAUUUUUACCUCGUUUUACAAAUUUGAACGCGUAUGAAGCGAAAAGAAACUUUUGGCGGUAAAUCAUUGUAGAUGCUACCGUGUCCAUUGUCAGGUUUCAUUGGAAAUAGACAAAAUUGCAACCUUCAAAUGUUUAAACAUAAUUUUAGGAUAAUGAAACGACGGAGGUGUGAAAUUACGGUAGCCUUUAGGUUUAUCCAUGUUCUCUAAAUUUCUCAGCGUCAUCUAUAUGAAUGUUUUACUUUAUUUAAAACUUUUUACACGAUUCGGAUCUCUAAUUGUAUGCUGAUGGCCUUGACAAAACGAUAAAACUUUAAAAGCACAAUCGCUUAACUUGUUGAGUUCUCAAAAAAGAAGUCAUAAAAAAAAAGAGAAAAAAUAAGGUAAACAAAAAAAAAGAACUGCUACCGUUUCAAUUAACGUACAUUUGGAAACGGCUAACUCAUUUUUCUGAAAUCAACUAGCCUUUCAAUGUUAUAAAACAUGAAACAUAUCGUUGCUCACGUAAUUCAUUUCCUUUUAUUUUCUAUUUCUGACUGGUCUGGAGCUCUAAAAAAUGAAGCGAUUAUAAGAGAUUUGAACGCGACCCUAUGUAAAUUUUGUUUGUUUGUUUUUACCUAAUACACCACCACUGUUGCUUUACCUUGCACCUUCGAGAGUAUAAAACGAAACGUCGACCUUCAAUGCCUUAUUUAAGGUAAAAGAGUCUUUUUAGUUUGGAUAUCGUUUUGCGACACUUUUUUUUUUUUAAUUUAGGCAGAGAUUUGGUGAUUCUCCUUCAUGGUUUCAUAUAACCAAUAAAGUCAGGCAAAAACAAGACAUACGCGAAUAUUUAUAAAUCUACGCUAUUCUUACAUUGAAGUUUCUCUUAUAUUUGUUUCUUUGGCUCGUUGGAAGAAUGAAAUCAAAUUCGUUUGCUCGUAAGAAAAAUGAUGAGUCUAUUGUUUUUGGUAAACCCAAUGAAACCUCAAAGUCUCAGUCUUUUUCAUCAAAAAUCUCUAAAAAUAACGAAACAAAUUCAAUAGAAAGGUCAUCCCGUCCAUCGCUAUUGGUUAUUUUUACCGUUCUACUUGCUGCUAUUUUCUCACUGAAAAUUUGGCCUGUACGCUUUGAUGAUUUUCAUUCAGUUAGCGAAAUACCUUUUCAUAAAUAUAAAAACAAGGGAGAUCACCAAACUGUUAUUGAAGGAAGGAAUGGUGCAGUCGCUACGGAAGAACACACAUGCUCCGUAGUUGGAACUAAUAUCUUAAAAGCUGGUGGUAAUGCUGUAGAUGCAGCUAUUGCUAGUGGCAUAUGUAUUGGUGCAGUUAAUUCUUUUUCCAGUGGGAUUGGUGGUGGAGGAUUUAUGCUGAUUCGGCAUCCUAAUGGAACAGCCCACUCACUAAAUUUUAGAGAGACAGCUCCUUCAGGUUCACAUAAAGACAUGUUUCAUGGAAAUCCAGAAGUUUCUCAGGUUGGUGGUUUAUCUGUCGCUGUUCCAGGAGAGGUUGCCGGCUACGAAGUAGCAUGGAAGCUGUACGGUAAACUCCCUUGGGCUAAACUUUUUGAGCCCACAAUAAACCUUAUGAGGUAUGGAAUGCCUAUGCCCAAAGAAUUAGCUUCACGUCUUCGUCGUCCUGAAUUUGAUUAUUUCAAAACUCAUCCUACCUGGUCCAAAGUGUAUGCCCCUAAUGGACGACUUCUAAAGGCUGAUGAAAAAUUUUACCGCCCUACCUUGGCUGCAACCCUCGAAGAAAUCAGUAAAUAUGGUGCUGAAGUGUUCUAUAAAGGCAGCAUCGCUAAGCGGUUAGUAGAUUUCGUUCAGAAGGAAGGUGGUAUUCUCACCAUGGAAGACAUGGCUAACUUUUCAGUCAUCGUGGAAAACCCAGUAUAUGGAAGCUUUGAAGGUCGUGAAGUUAUUACUUGUGGGGCUCCUUGCAGUGGUGAGGUCUUAAUAUUGGGUCUGAAUAUCCUGUCUGAGUUUGACUUCGCUCGAGGAUCUUCCAUCUUAGGAUGUGAAAUUACUGACUUGGGUCUUCAUCAAUUAAUUGAGACUAUGAAAUGGAUGUCUGCUGGCCGUACUUUACUAGGAGAUCCAACUUUCUUUGACAAUUCCGAACACGUCGCUCAGCUUCUCUCCAAGAAGCAUGCAGAUGAUAUUCGCGCAAAUAUAUCUCUAGACCAUACGUACGAUUUCAUUCAUUACCACGCAGAAUAUGAUUUCCCCCAAGAUCAUGGAACUACACAUCUUUCAGUGAUUGAUAAAGACAAUAUGGCUGUAGGCUUGACGGCUUCAAUAAAUCUUCUUUUUGGAGCUCAGAUAAUGGAACCAAAAACCGGUGUCAUUCUGAAUGACCAUAUGGAUGACUUUGCGAGUCCUGGUAUUAUCAACGCUUUCGGUCUUAGCCCCUCGCCUUAUAACUUUAUUCAACCUGGUAAAAGACCACAAAGUUCUGCUGUUCCUACCAUUCUUGUAAAUAAUGGAACUGUUGAGAUGGUUUUGGGUGGCAGCGGCGGCAGUCGUAUCGUCACUGCCGUCUUAGACACGAUCAUAAAAAAAUACAAAUGGAACAAGUCUUUAUUGGAUUCCAUCGAGAGUCCUAGAUUUCAUCAUCAGUUAAUGCCAAAUAUUGCAUACAUUGAUGAAACUGUUGAAGAUGAAGUGAGGCUAGCUUUGGAGAAAUUUGGACAUGUAAUAGACCUAAUUCCAGUUCAAUCUCCGUUCAGUGAAAUUCAAGCAGUUUUUCGGUCAAAUAAUACCUUGUAUGCUAUUAGUGAUAGCAGGAAACAAGCUGUGGCAGCAGCAUAUUAAGGAUGCUGAGUGUUGAAAGCAGAUGCUUCUUGACUAUAAUGGAUUAGAAAAUGUUGUUGGUUGGUUAAGCAAACCAUGCAACUUUAACUAAUGUUUAUUAUGAACUCACAUGUAUAGAAAUUAUUUCCUUAGAUAUUCAGGUUUUUGAGAAAAAGUAAUUGGAAUCUAACAUUUAUUACUAGAGGUAAUAUAAAUUAAUGGGCUAUUUGUGUUUAGAUAUGAG